GUCCUGGACUGCAAAUUCCACCUUAAAAACCCCGUCGAGUGAAACUUUUCGCUGUAACUCCGUCGGUCCACCUUAAGCGCACACGCAAACGCAGGAGGCGUACAGCAAGGUUUCCGCUUCUCAGUUGGGCUCGGACCGCGGCUCACGAAAAACACCGUGUGUAUCGAACAAGGUUGACGCACCAAGAUAAGAAAAAAAAAGAAAGCGAAGCAACCGAACAAAUAAGAUGUCUGAACCCAAGUACCGCGAGUGGAUCCUGGACACUAUCGACUCGCUGCGGUCGCGAAAAGCCCGGCCGGACUUGGAGAGGAUUUGCCGAAUGGUCCGGAGACGACACGGGUCCGAGCCCGACCGAACCUGCGCAGAACUGGAGAAACUGAUCCAGGAGCAAACCGUGCUGAAAGUUAACUACAAGGGCUCCAUUUCAUACCGGAACGCCGCCAAGGUUCAGCGGAGAAGCAGAAAAAAAGACGAUGUAAUGUUAACAACGGCUGCGAGAAGGAGCGCGGUGGAAGAAGCCAGUCAUUCUGACUUGAGCAACGGGGACAGCGCUUUCGGUGCUGUUGACCAGGACGAGGAGGAUUUGGAGGCUGACACCUCUAUGGCAAUGGACACGGACAGUAAUGCGGAUGAGGAGGUGGCUGAUGAGAGCAGGGACGGGCAGGACGGACCCUCUCCUAGCUGCGCUUAUGAAGAUGCCACCAUACAUUGUGCCUCUGCGCGAGCCGUCUCUGCCCCCUGCUCUCCCUCUGGCGGUCGGCCUGCCCCGGGUCCUGGCUGCAGCCCUGGCUCCGGUCUGGACUGUGUCUCUUCCCAGAAGGCUGGUGAGAGGCCCAGCUCCUUGCCCCCCUCCAGCCCCAGGGCCCUCGCACACAAUGACUGGGCCUAUCAUUCUGCUGUCUGCCCAGUGGAGCGCCAGCACCCAGGAAUGCAGAAAGACAAAGCCAUAAAGCCAGCAAUCCUCCCUGUAACCACCAGCCCUGGUGAUUUAAAGAACAACAUGAAGAAAGAAGAUGGAGGCAAGGCCGAGAAUGGCAGCCUUUCCUCUGACCAGUUGGUACCAGACUAUGCAGCAGGGCAGGAUGAGACCAAGAAUGUAUCUGAUGGAAGACCACAGACGCUAACUUCACCGUCUGACAACUGUACAUUUAAGAAUAAGGCAGAUGUGCCCUCCCUCUCAGCAGCUGAAGACGGUCUUCUGAAUGGUGGAAAAGAUGAUGAAAUCGCUGUGAAGAAGGAGAAGAUGAGCCAGAACUUGUUGCAGUGGACUGUGGCAGAUGUGGCCAGUUACUUCUCAGCUGCAGGCUUUCCUGAGCAGGCCGUGGCCUUUCGGACACAAGAAAUUGAUGGGAAGUCCCUUCUCCUAAUGCAGCGCAGCGACGUGUUGACUGGUCUGUCUAUCAGGCUUGGCCCUGCACUCAAAAUCUACGAGCGCCAUGUAAAGGUGCUGCAGAGGACCCAUUUCCUGGAAUACGAAGACCUCUGAAGUCGUGGUUUACAUGACGGACAGACAAUGCUGUGUUGACCCAAACAUGCAUGCAGUGCCCUCUCCCAUCUGGACCCUACCGCUCACCUUCCUAUACAGUAUAUGCAGAGGGUGAGUGGCUGGGGAAGGCUGCGGUGGAAUUAACUUUCACUGUGAGAAUGACCAGAAACUGAAAGACAGUCAUCCUACCUCUCAUUAUGGUCUUUGGUUUUCAUUUCACCCAUGUGGUGGCUGUUCGAAUGCAUUUUCAAGUGAACGGGCCCCCUACGUUCAGAGUAUGUUUUUAAAGUGGAGGAACAACAACCAUUCUGCAAGACUAAAAGGUGGAUAAAACAGUCACUGAAGGGGACUGAGUCUCGUACGAAGUGGACCGCCUAAUGGUCUGAUGUACCCACGGAGACGUGACUGCAUGGUGCUGCGAGCAAGGUGUUGUCAUAGUUUUGGGUCCACAAGGAAUUGUUGGUUAGCUGUUGGUUAGCUAACUUUUCUCCCUCUUCUGUCUGUUAUAGUAACUUCUGUUUGUCCUGAACCUGUAAGUCAUA